AUCGCCUUUUCGAUAAACAUCUCAAUCAAGACCAUGGUGGACAGCACCCAUGAGGAGUUACUUCCGCGCCCAAUACAAGAGGAAGGUCAACAGAAAACGGCUGAAACAUGUAAAAUGCUGGCAGAAUUUCUGCAGAAAAACCCGGAUGUGGUAACAAAUCUUCUCCAGACACAGGGACGUGGAAAUGCGGAGGGAAGCAAACUUCACCUUAUCACCAGUGCCUUAGCAGCUGUGGCAUGUGGAAGUCGGUCUUGGAUCAGGUUUUGGUUUUUUUUUCUGUGGACAGCCUUCAGUGAUGUACUCAAGACUAUGAGAGAGAUACCGAAAGAAAACCGCGCGCAGUUAGACAAGAUGGAAAAGGAUCUGGGGGAAGUAAAGUGGAAACACGAGAAGGUGCUUCAUGAUACGACAAAAAUGCAAGAGAAGGUAUUGCUGGUAUUUUUUGUUUUUCCGUUUUACUUGUAGGUCACAGUAAAAAUAUUAUGGAAAAAAUAGUUAACGAAUUUGUGUGUGUAAUCAAAUGGACUAGUGAAAUUGGGUAAUAACUUCAUAUAAGAAUUUGGACAGAACACAAGUUAAAUUAUUCCUCCAGUUUUACUAGUACAAUGGUAUACCAUUUGAUUAACUUAAAUACUAUGGUCAAAAAUUUAUACACUCACAAAACGGGGGAUUUUGGCACCGUAGGGAAAAACUCUGUUAUAGAAAUAUUGCUAUUUCACAUGUAAAUUUAUAAAUUAGUACGUGUAAUCAAAUGGUGACGAGUGAAAUUUAGGGAAUAAUUUCACUCGCGUUUUGUCCAAAUCCUUAUAAUUUCCCGAACCUUUAGGCGAGGGAAAUUAUUAGGAUUUGGACAAAACGCAAGUGAAAUUAUUCCCUAAUUUCACGAGUAUACCAUUUGAUUACCUAUUAAUAUCAAGGGUGACGAAUUACGUUAGCUAUCUUGGAUGUUUAUCCUGGAUCGUAUCGAUCGAGAACUCCUGCACUCUCCCGAACGUUUAGAGCUUAAAUUUGGCUUAAGUUCAGAGUUUUUUGACAAAAUACCUGUUAGAAUCCUUCUUAAUGUGCUCUUUCGCGUGUUCAGGUUUUCUAAAGCGUCUUUGUCUGCCCUGACAUCUUCACUCAUGACAUUUUAAAACUUCGUCGCCAUCUUGACACUGAGACGUACGUUAGGUUGCCAUGGCAAUUUUGUAAUUUCACAUGUGAAAUUGCAAAAUUAACGCUGAAAUUUCGCGCCAAAAUUAAGGAGUAAUUCGUGACCUACAAUAUUAACGCUGAAACUCGGCGCCAAAAUUAAGGAGUGAUUUGUUGCCCAUGAUAUUUGUUUAUACAUUUAUUUAUCUAUUAGCCAACUGAUAAAUUUGAAGACCUGGCAGAAUAAAGUAGUUGUCGGAGCUGAGGUUAUCAUUACGACAAGCGUUAAGAUAUUGUACAUAUAAGAAUCAUUAAAUGAAAGGGCAUCCCAGUACGAUAUUAGAUAGAAUUUUACUGCAAAAUAUUUAAAAGUUCAUUGUUAGGCUUUAUUGUACUAAAUCCGAACAAUCCUAGCGGAUAUAAAAUAAAAGCAUUUCUACGACUCCAAACGUCCCCACGAAUGAGUGUGAAAGGAACCCAUAACCCGAAGCGAGCUACUUCAAUGGGGGCGGGAGGGGGUUUGGCCUAUCUCACGGCGUUUUCACGGACCCGUUUAUUUUAAAAUGAAUUUUAGAGCACUUUAUCACACGAAAAUGGAAGCUCCGUUCCGUCUAUUAACGCAUUAGAAGUAUGAGAUAGAAAAACGGAAACCUAAACGUCCUUAAAAGGUCAAAAACACCAUUUUAACGUCUGAAGCUAUGUUUUGUUGACUGGUUUGUGGGACGUUUUAGAGCCAAGAUCCUUCUAAAAAUAAACUAAUUGGCGAAAAUGCCUUGACACGAGUACAGGGAAGUUGCUCUCUCAAGGUAAUGGGCUCCUGGUGUUAACAUUAUUGUGGCCACAGCCUCAACAAAAACAACAACUACUUUAUUAACAUUUCUCUUAUCUUUUUUAGUUACAUUGUUUAAAUAUUCUUUAAAAUACAUAUCUGUUUUUUUGUUUUGGAAAAAUUUAAGGUAACAAAAAUAUAAGUAUAAAAGAAGGAAGUGCCUAGAGCCUAAAUGAACCGCGAGGUUUUCGAGCUAGUCUCUAGACUUAUAGAUAUGUUUUUUUUGUGUGUAGUCAUGAGACUCACAAACAAAAACACACAAGCAACAGAAUAAAAUAAAUAAAUAAGGAACCAUAAGCAAAAACUUGUAAAGACAAAGUAAAGGAGGGAAAAAAAAAAAGAAAAAGAAAAGAAAGGAAAUGCAAGUGUACAGCACAGCGUAAGGCAGAAGCAUAGAGCAGGGCGGAUAAAGGUUGGGAGGUGAAACGAGCGCGUCCGAGCAAAAAGGUGUGAUGCAGUGGACUGGGACUCUACUUACAAAUGUCGCUUGUUUUCGGCUUCGGUCAGGGCUUGCGAUGUGGGUUGUACAUUAGACACUGCCGCUGUCACUGAAUUAUGGCGGCUUGAUUUGUUUUCGUGCACUUCUUCCUCGUUCCUUUGUGCUGGUACGCUGUCUCAGAGAGGCAAAUGUUGCUAUUUUUUGCGGGAGGUUUAGUUGGAGUAGACAAACAUCUCUUUCAAAGGGUUUCUUUUAUUACUUCCAUGACUCUACCACUCAAUUAUAUUUUCGUUCUGCUACUCGCCAAUGUCGAUGUUAUUCCAAAACAAAAACAACUAAGUACUGUCUAAAACACAAAGGAAAAUCUCAUCCAUGUCAUGCAAACGAAACGGCGAAAGACAAAUAAAAUAUAUUUAGUAGAAGGAGGAGGUAGUCAACACUUUCAAAUUAAACUCAAAUUUUGGCAUUAUACGACCAACAAGUUUGACUUAUAGACGUACAGACACAAACAUAUGAAACUGUUUAUUGAUAUUGUUAUGAAACGAAUUUAUCUAUUUAACACUGUAGCCUGAAACUACAGAAAGAAAAUAGGAUUUCCGGUUUGCAAAAAGAAAAAUUUCGCCUACCUUCAAGCGCACCGGAAGCGCGGAAAGAGCGCUCGUGCCAGUCCUACUCUGCAUCACACAUUAAAUGAAGAGCGGAGCGCUCGUUUCACCGCCCAACCUUUAUACGCCCUGGCAUAGAGGACAUAUUAACGCGCGAAUAAACGAAGAGGAGGUAACUAAAUAAUUGGUUUUAGAUGUCAGAAGAAGCAUAUUACUUAAUUAACAAGUGUUUUUUAAAAGAGCAGCACUUAGUUGUUUGAAGUCAAAGGGUAGUUCCUUCCAGAGGUCUAGUUCGAUGCAGAUAUCGUUUGUUUACCAGUAUUUGCUCUAAAGCAGGUUAUAUUGAUAUUAAUAGAUUGUCUUUUGAAGCAUAUCUAGUGUUAAAGGAGUGGAUGUUUCUGAUGUAUUGAAAGCAACUGUGAAAGAUUGAUGGGAGCUCUUGCCGGUGCCAUUUAUGGGAAAAUUUUAAUGUUUGAAUUUCGCUAAUAUGUUCUACAGUUAGAAUGUCACGAUCGAAAGAUUUAUUAAUGGGCAAAGAGCUUUCUGUAUGUUUCCCUUACAAAGUGGAAAAAAUAUUAUCCUUGUAAUGUGGUUUUGUUUGACCUGGAGAAUUUUUAUACUGGACUUGUAGGCAUUGCCCCAAACAAAGAUAGCAUAGCCGUGAGAUAGGAAUAGAUUAGUUUAUAGUAUUGCCCCAGUUGAAAUGGAGAGAAGUAGUAACGAAGCUUGAAGAAAAUUCUAGAAUUUCUAAAUAUACGUGAAGAAAAAAAAGAAAUGUGGUACUUCCUGCUUAUUUUAUCAUCUAUCAUGACGCCAAGGGAUUUGACGCGGUCGUUCUGUUCAAGAGAAGAAAUGGUGCGUUCAUAAUGGUUGGCAAGAUUAUGAUUAUGAUUAAGAUCAUUUUUUAUGGGCUGACUUAAUUAACAUGAAGUUUGUUUUCUUAGGGUUUAUAGAGAGCUUAUUAACGUCGCUCCAAAUUCUUUACUUUCUGUGUCUUGAUUCAUGGUAGUCUUAAGUUCUUUCGGAUUUAGAAAUGAAGGAAAGACGCUAGUGUCGUCUGCAAAUAGCCGGAAAGAGAGUUUAUUUGAAGAACUGAGUUUAUUUGAAGAACUAAUGAUAUCAUUUCAACAGCGAUCGAUACUCGACCCUCUUUCAUUUCCAUGGAAGAAGGUACCUGCUUCUACAGCUUUCUUAGAAGUCUGAAAACUUUGACGAUCUUUCGAGUAUUAGUGGAAUCUAAAAGUUUGUUUUUACCAAGUUACUUUUAUUGUUCCCUGUAUGGGGAAACUCAGUUAAAUCAAACAUACGUAACUCUGAGCUGCAAUUAGUAAGAAUUUCGCUGCCAGGAUCGUAAUUUGAUCAUGCUUCUGAGGGGUCGUAUUUUCUAAAAUGGCUGAAUGUUUCCGAGAAGAUUUUAUUCAAUGAUUUAGUUUCAGUUUUUAAAUGUCUAAAUCGGUCUAGCACAAGAAGGUCUGGAAACUUGAGACUUCCACGCUGCCGGUUGUCCUGUCGAGGCUUUUACUUUCGCGGGGCUAGACGCUGGAAUGACUUGCCAAAGGACCUUCAGAGCAUUAAAGGUAUCAAGCUUUUUAACAAAAGAUUAUUUAAUGAAUAGAUUGCAUGAGCAGGAAUUUCUUUAUCUAAGUUACUGUUUAACAGUGUAUUCUAAUGAAUACACUGGACAGUUUAGCUUUUUAGAUUUUAGAUUUUAUUUCUGCAAAUUUCACGUAAUUAGUUAGUUGUGUUUGAAAAGCCCUGUAAAGGGAGAUUCAAUAAAAAGUCUGCAUCAGUAUAUUCGAGAGCAGGUCAGUCAAUCAAUCAAUCAAUCAAUCAAAAACUUUUUUUCACUUCGAAUUUCAAAAUAUAGCAUAAACGUAUGCUAAUAUCUCUUAAGGAAAAGCAAAGUAAAUAUAGAAAAUAAAUGAAAAUGGUAAUUAGAAUAAAGUGAUACUACACAAUUAUUAUGUACAAAUUUAAGAUAACGUAGACAAAAAAAUAUUAUUACGUUGUGACUACAGUAACUAGUGAUAAUUAAAACUAAUUACAAAAGGAGCAGCAUUUAUUAUCAAAGCUAAUGCUCUUAUUUUUAUUUUUUAUUUGAAAACAUGUAAUGACUCAGCAGUUCUAAGUACCUCUGGGAGCAUAUUCAAAUAUUUACUGACAGAGUAGCGAAAGGAGUGUAACCAUAUUUGGUCGAUUGAACCCUAGGAAUACUAAGAGAGUGUUUACCACGCAAAUUGUAAGAAGAAUUUCUUUCUAUCAGUAGCUCGUUAAUAUAACUAGGUGAAAAAUAAAUUUCAAUUUGCCCCAUCCUCUCUCCUCUUUAGAGGCUCCCGCUGGGUAUUCCAAUAAAAUAUAAAUGACAAAAACAUAGAUAAGCGCACGGUGGACAAUGGGAAGAGAUGAAAGGUCUCUCCCUUUCUUUUUCCCUUCUCAUCGUUCCCUGCGUUCUUAUAGAUUUUCCCUUUCUACAGCCUCUGAGGAGGCAGAGGAGAGAGUGCCCCGUCAUUUUUCCAAAUGGCAAUGAACGAAGAGGAUAAACCAUGCAGGCUUUAUUAGCCAAUAGUUUAACCCUUUAAUUUUUUUCUUCAAAGAUAUUUAUCAGUAAUGAUUAAGACCUCAUACUCUUUGUUUCUUUGAAAAUUAUGUAGAUCCAGACUGCUGCUAAAAGAAACUACAGAAUCUCGCGUAACGCUGACCUGGAAAUAGAAAUGGGACUUAUCAAUUCCACAUGUGUUCUGGGUACAUGCCAAGAUGCUCUGAUGUAUUUAGAAGCCGACAUCUCUGAUCUGCAGGGUGGAGCAAAACGAACCCCUACUCAUAUUCUUAAGCAAGUGGUCAUCAUUAUUAGUUUACUCAUCGCAGCUGCUUUACCUGUUGGCUGUAAGUUCAAUUUGUUCCCUUGUAAACGUUUUUAAGACUUGGGACAUUCUAACCCUUCGUACGCUUUAAAGGUACGGAGUAAGGUGCCAGAGGAUCAGGGGUUUUAUUAUUCAUUCAAAAUAUAUUUACGCCUCUGAUUUGCUCAAAUCGUCCUGUUAUUUAUCAACGAAACAUUACAAUUUAAAAUAAAGGACAGCUUCCAAUAUGAUACUGUUAUAACAUGUUGCAAUAAAAACGGGAAAAAGUGAAGGUUAAAAGCAUAUGAACACAAAAAGCAUUGAAACUGUUAUUUAUGCGUGUUACUUUUUACUAAAUUUGGAAGACGAUUGCAAUAUCCGGGAACGAAAAGGCGUGAAUAUAGUGCAGGAUAAUGCCAGAAAAAUGCAAAGCAACCGAGGAGACCUGGGGACCGAUGACAACUGCUAUUUGCCGAGGAACAGGCAACUGGAGACGGGGACUUAACAUUGAUCGAGGUUAAUAUGUUUUAGCUUAUUUUUUUCAUUAUGAAACAUUUUGAAUGAAUAAUAAAACAAUUAUUCCGUCAGGUCCAAAGUGCAGAAUCUAUCAUUUGUGGCCUGGAAUAGGGUAAGGCCAGUAGCAUCUAAUUAAGAACCGCUAAUCGUGGAAGUGGGAAGAGGAAGCACUACCGAAAUGUUGACGCAAAUCUAUACAGAAUUUAGUAAAAUUCAACUAGUAGUCUAUUAUCAAUGCAGCGUUCUGAUUGGUUGAGCUACUACUAGGCUAUAUGUUAUAGCCCACUAGUAGCGAAAAGCGCGGGCUUUUUGGGGGCAAAAACGGAUCAAAGGCUAGUUUUAACUAGCUAAACUUUUUUUAUUCUCGAUAUUUUUGACCAACUAGUUUGAUUUUACUAAAGCAAUUAUUCCUCUCGCCCUCAUGGCCUCUGAGUCAAUAGCCCAUUCGACCUUCGGCCUCAUGGGCUAUUGACUCACAGCCCAUUCGGGCGAGAGGAAUAAUUGUUAAAUACCUAUUCUAAAGUAGCCUGUGUACUUGGCGGAAUUUACUGUUUUUGCGCGUACGUUGCAAGAGCUUUGGUAGCGAAGCCACCAUGACUCGCAGCUCUUCUGCCAAAACUUUUGCCGGCUACGCAGACUACUAACAAAGUAGGUAGAUGGAAACAUUUAUCAUUGGUAAUGGUCCGCUCUUAGAUAGGGCAGCAGAUUUUCGGUCAGGUCAACUGAACCAAAUUAACAAAGUCUUAUUUUUUUUUUACCCAAACUCAUUUACUGUAUGCCUGAAAUUAUCAGAGUACCUUUAGUUUGAAGACAAUACCUCCAGUUUUCUUUUACAAAGUGAUAGCCGUAUAAGCUGCAACUGUCAAUAAGAAAAAUCGCAUUUUCAGACCGCACAGAGUGUUUCAAUUUGAUAGUCUGAUGAGACUGUUCUUUUUCCUCUCAUUGAAUCUAGCUCACUGGACAGUCUGCUCAAUGAUCGUCGCUGUUAUACUAUUCAUUUGCAAGCGAAAUGUCCAGGGUUACUUCACCGACAAGCUGUUGUUGACCAAAUGCGAAGAUUUUCGGAAGAACGAGCUACGGGAGGCUGAGAAGUUGCACAAACAGCUGAAACGAGAUGUGGAGUUUAAAGUUCCCAUGCAGAAGAAAACACUGGCCGUGUUGGAUAUUGAGGUGUCGCUGUUUCAUCCCCAUUCUGAGUGA